GUUCAGUAUGUCUUUGGGAUCUCUUGUGAGAAGAUCGUGAGUGAUCAUGUGGUUGAAAGUCUUUGGAAUUUUCGCGAUCGUUGGAUUUUUAGGGGUGUCUACAGUGUCCCAGGAUCUGCAUCCUUUUCAUCAUCUUCUUCGGAGUGAUUCAGAGGAUUCUGUGUCACUGUAUAAAGUGAAUUUAACAACCAAAAGUGGGAUCGUCAAGUCUGGAUUUGAAAACAUUGUUCAGAUUUCCAUGGAAAUGAUCGUGCAACAAUAUAAGAACAACACAAUCUUCGUGAGGGCAAUUGUAGAAAAUGAAUCAAGAUGGAAAGUAAAAUCGUUUGAUGUUAAGGAGAAUCUUGUGGAAAAUGAUCACCAAAACAAAAGUUUUCAAUUUCUCCUAACGAAGGAAAGAAAUUUAAUUCCCCAAAAGGAUGAAGAAGAUUUAAAUGCCAGGAAAGCUUUGGCUGGAGUUUUAUCCAUUGAUUGGGAAGCAUUGAAAAAGAAUGAAGCAUCAAAUUUUCUAAACAGUCAGGACACGAUCUAUGGGACAUGCAGGGUGAAAUAUUCUGUGAAUAGGGGUGAAAAUCUCUCAGUAGAGCUAAAUUUCGACCCAUCGGAAUGCCACAAUUUUCAAUGGUGGACCCUUACUGAUAACGACAAUGUGGAAAAAAUUGAUGGAUUGCAGAUAAGUAACUCCCGAAAGUUUGAUUUUAUUCAGGACAACAAUGGGAAGAAUUUUCUUAAGAAAUUAACUGCAAAACAACAUGUUUUCUUUACACCUGGCAAAGCAGGAGAAGUUGAACACUUCCUGCACACCUUCUACGACAUCCAGCUGGUUGAAGAUGAAAUAGAUAUUUUAGUGGAAAAACCAUCAAAGGACAUGUUUAAUUUCAAUGAUGUUCAUAAAUUGCAAAUUGUUCCCGAUGAUAGUGGUCUGUUGAUUUUUAAGGAUUUCAGAGAACUCACAUCAUUUUCAGACCGUUCAGAUAGCCGGAAUAUGUCUGAAAUUACUAAAUUAUUCUUUAUGCUAGUAACCUAUAAGGGUGGCGCUAGGAAGAUUUUUAUUAGAACAGACGGGAUGUCAGAUAAAAUGUUAACCAGGGAUAUUGCCAGUAUAGUGGACUAUAUGAAACUCUUCACUGAAGAGGAACUUUUUACUAUUUACAAUGCAACAACAGACACUACUAUAAUACGAAAUUAUAAUGGAGAAGGAUUGAAAUUUUUCCUGGAACUUCUUCCUCUAGUUGGAACCUCCUCUGCAACAAUUUUAACGGCAAAACUCAUUAUGGAUCCAGAAGUAGAAAUAAAUCGAGAGAAGAUGCUCUCAAAAUUGGCAGGAAGCAUCACACAGGCAUCUCGAGAAUCCAUAAAGAUCCUCAAAAAUCUCACAAUGAUGGAAAAUGCUCCUUUGGAAGCUUUUCUUGCUUACAGCAUUGCUGUCUCGGCAAUGUCGAAGAAAACCUCAAAUUGCUACAAAGGAUGCUACUUUUUGCAGAAUGAAAAUGAAGAAAGGCUCGAUGAGGGAUUUCAGUACCUUCUACAGAGGCUCAAUGCAUCUGUGAAUUACAGAGAGCAGGUUGUGCUGGUACAAGCUAUUGGGAAUCUUUGUUACUAUAAAACAUUUGAAGCUCUCAAGAGCUUUAAAAGCUCAAAUAAGGAUCUGUUGAUUCACAUUAUGUACGCUUUGGGAAAGUCUCAAAUGGACUCUGCCAACUACGUGGAAUACUUUACUAAUUUAAUUAAGCAGGACUUACCAACAGAAGCGAGAUCAGUAGCUGUGAGAUUGCUCUUGGAGCAUAAAUACUGGGAUCUCAAUUUUGAGGCAUUAACAAAGAGAAUUUAUGCGGAAAAGGAUCACGAAUUGUACAAUAUGUUCAUUUCUUCUGCGGAAAUUUUUGUAGAACAUUUAAAUGUUGAGCAGAAUGCUAAUAGAAUGCUCAGACGUUUGGAACCUGAUGCCAGAUCACGUAGAUUCUUCUUUAGAGCUAAAAAAGAUCAACUAGGUCAUCUUGCUCUAUCCGGACACAUAAUCUUCGACAAUACAACAAAAGGAUUCAAACAACUACGGGUGGAUAUUGUGAAAUAUACGUACUUUGAGUACGUUGAAUUGUACUCAUUUUUCCUUCGUGUAUCCGAUGUAGCACCAAUAAGUCAGCUUAACAAUAUUGGAGAAGAUUUCUUCAAGCAGAAGAACUUUACCUAUGAAAUAAGCCUGACUAAAGGAUCUCGAACGAUCUUCUCAACAGUCGCUGAAUAUGAUUUUGAGUCUCUGAAGAAAAUUGUGGUGUCCCUUCUGCAAAAUCAUUUUGACGAAAAGGAAAUAUCUAAAAACUUUUCCAUAAAUGACGUUUUCAGCUUAAUUAAUGUGGAUUGUUUCUUCCCAACUGAUUCUGGGAUUUAUGCUCGAGCCUACCACCAAACACCUUUCGCAUUGGACUUUAUGUUGAAGGCAGAUAAGAGAGUUGAAGAUGAAAAGGAUAUUUUUGGAUUAAUCCUCAGAGCUAAUGCUUCGUUGCAGAAUAUUCAAGGAUUGGAAAUUUUGCAGCCUAGCCUAAUGUUUCUUCAAGGAUCACGACAAAUAAUUAAUUUUCAGUUUACAGAGCAAGUAGCCUUGGAUGGGUACCAUGAUCAAAGCAAGGGCUUUAAAAAUUUCCUAAUUUCUAAAAAUAAAACAUUCGAUCCUUUAUUCGGACUACAUUACAAAAAAGACACUGAGGUAUAUUUAAAUUUUCUGAAAAAUACUGAUGAACUUCCAUUGGUAGUUGGUGAGGAUCGUCCGGAUAAAGAGUAUCGAAAGACAGAACUGACAAUGCAAACUUUCAUGGAUAAACUGCAACAACUAUUUCAACAGAGUCUGGAUGAACUGGAACGAAUCAAUCGAUUCGGUUAUUUGAAUGUAACUGAAGAAGAAGUAAAUCCAGAUAAAAUCUCACUAGCUAAAGGAGAUUGGUCUGAUCUUGGCUUGGAGUAUAGCAUAGAAAUGGCCGAUUGCAAAGCUUUCUUUUACAGCUGCAACAUUCCUCAAUCACUUCCUGAAUUGUUCUACAUGAAACCUUUUUCUAAAAUUCUGGUAAGAUCUCCAGGAAAUUUUCUAGCUUCAUUGAUUGAUUACUCCCCAAGAAGUUUCCUUCUUCCAAGCAUUUAUGGUGUCACAUGGAGAGCUCUCGUUUCAUCUAGUAGAGUUUUUGAUACAGAUAAAAUAAGUAUGAGCAUUAAUAAGGGAUUAGUUACAUCGGAAGUGAUCGACAGUCAUGACAAUAAGCGUGUGAAGUACAUGCUUAAUGUGCUGAAUAAUAAAGAAGAUAAUGAAUUACAAAUAGCUAAAAUAACUCCUGGAGCUCCAUCAAAAGCACUCUGUUUAAAAUGGAUUUUCUAUGAUGAAAUGAAAAAGGAAAUUCAAAUAUUUUAUGGUGAAUAUGAAGAACGUAAAAAAGAUGAAGAACAUAUUAAAGGAUAUGAAAAAAAUGAAGAGUACGAAGAAUAUGGAGAAAAUGAUGAAUAUGAAGUAUAUGAAUAUCAAAAUGAUGAAGAAUAUAAAGAAAAUAUCAAAUGUCCUCAAAAUCAGGUAGAAAUUAAAAUUCAGUUAUCAUUCGAUUUUAACUUAGAACAACGUGAAUUGCGUAAAAAGGAUUCUGUUAUCCAUCCUAUGUGUCGUCCUGCUUCGGAAAUUUUUCCCUCUGAGGAAGCAAGGAUCAACUACGGGUGUAUUAAAACCACCACAAUGUACAGGGAUAUAGCAGCAGGACUGCAAUACAAGAAUAUCCCACCAGCAAUUGCUGAUUUCUUCCGCAGCUUAGGAUUCUGGUUGUUCUCCAAUUCCAACAGUUUCCACAAAUCCGCCAAAGGAGCUAAAUCCUCUGAAGCACUUGAUAUUGCUAUUUACCGCCCGAUGCAUUCAGAUGAAGAUUUUGAGAUGACUCUAUCAACUUCGGAGGAUACUUUCGCUGUCAAAGGAUCAUCAAAGUGGUUACUGAUGGGAAAUUCUGCUUUCAAGGGAUUUCGUGAGGUGUUUCAGUAUUUUUUCAUUCAUCCUAUUUGUAGAAUUUAUCCUGAAGAUUUGCCAAAGAAUUCAACUAAUGAAUGGACAUUGUUGGGAAGGAUUAGUGAUAAUGAUGACAAUAUAGAGAUCUUUGGACAGAUCUUUGAACAGGAUCAACUGUCGCUGUAUGUAAAGUUUAAAGAACGAGGAAUUAAAUAUUUUCCAUCCAUUGAUAAAAUAGGAAAUUACAGGGUGUCAGUAACUGAUACUGAUACGAUCUCUGUGUUCGACAAAAAAUCUCUAUCAAGGGCUAUAAUUAAGGAAACGAUCUUGAUCUAUGGUUCGUAUAUGUGGGACAAUUUCAACUGUGUUAUAGGCUACAAUGGCCGCAGUAUCUUCAUCAGGGGCUCCUUUGCAGAUCUCAACAAAGAAGUGUGUUUUAAAAAUUAAAAGAAAUUUGUAAAAAAUUGUAAUGAUCGUGAUAUAAAUAAUUUUACAAUUUAUAGAAUAA